CUCCAGAGCCCCCCCUCUCCCUCUUUCACUCUCUCUCACUCUGUCUAACUCUCUCCAUCUCUCUCUGCUACACUCUCGGCUUUACACACACACACACACAGUUAUUGUCAACAAAGCUGGAGAACUAGGGACGCAGGGGGAACAGGGGAAUAAAGGUCUACGGAGGAGGAAAGUAACGCACAGGACGCGGCGCAUCAUUUCACCUGGACACUUGGAGGAAGGACUGGAGGACUGAAGGGGGGAAAGAGGAGCCAAAAGGUGACAGUAAACAGGGGUGGACACGCACAGGACAGGACUCCUUUAUUUCUCUUCAUGGUGGUUUGGACACUCGUAGUAUGUAUGAGAAGUUAACCAUGCUGAACCUGCAGAGCGGCUCAAAUUGGAGCGGGCCUAACAACUGGUACCAUGACCCCACCGGCGUUCAGACGCAACACAGCACAGUGUCUGAGGGUUGUCUGCUGGACACGGAGGGCAGCCUGGGUGGGGAGGCAGGGGGAGGAGGGACGGGCAGAGGGGGAGGAGUCCCCGUGGAGAGGGACGAGGGCGAGGAGUCUCAGCUGAGGCUGCAGCUCAAGAGGAAGCUGCAGAGGAACCGGACCAGCUUCACGCAGGAGCAGAUCGAGGCUCUGGAGAAAGAGUUUGAAAGGACACAUUACCCAGAUGUCUUUGCGAGGGAGAGAUUGGCAAACAAGAUUGAUUUACCAGAGGCGAGGAUACAGGUGUGGUUCUCAAACCGAAGAGCCAAGUGGAGGAGGGAGGAGAAGCUGCGCAAUCAAAGGAGGUCAGGGGGGGUGACUUCCUGUUCACAGAGCCAAGCCCCGUUGACCACUUCCUUCAACACAUCCGUCUAUCAUCAGCAGCACGGCAGCAGUUCAGGGUCCAUGUUGAGUCAGGCUGAGUCGUCCCUGCCCAGCUACAGCUCCCUGUCAGUUUUCUCAUCGGGAGUCCAGUCUAUUCCUCCCCAGUCGGCCUCCUCCUACUCCUGCAUGUUACCUCCAUCCCCCUCUGCUCCGCGCAGCUUUGACUCAUCGGCGUACUCCUCCCCUCAUCUGCAGACUCCGUCUUCAGCCAACUCCAACACCGGGCUCAUAUCGCCCGGCGUUUCAGUGCCGGUCCAGGUUCCAGGAACUGAGCAGCAGAGCAUGAGUCAUAACCUGGGUCAGUACUGGGCCAGAUUACAGUGAACAACAGACAAUCGCUGCAGACCGGCGAAAGCUAAAGGAGGAGGAAAAAAAAGGGCAUGUAACAAAAAAGUGUCGAGAAAACAAUAUGGGGACUCACGGGUUUUAAAGAAGCACAGGACUGAGCUAUAGAGGGGGGCCUCAAUGAGUUGCAGACCCCGAAAUGCAUUAAAUGUUUACAAAUUCAGCCAAGAGCAGCUUUGGUUGCACUUGACAGUACUCGGGUCAUACUGGUAUUUGCUUAGUAUUAUAGGGUUGAGCUUUUUGUUUGGAUAGUGUGUUAAAUCAUAGGGCUGAGGUCAGGAUUAGAAAUAGGAUUAGUCUGAGGUGUGUUCAGGAUUAAAUUAGAGUUAGGUCACACUGUGCAGAGUUGCAACAUUUAACGGUGCUUUUUAUCACUUGGUAGUUGAGAAUAAGCACUGGAGCCUUCAAAAGUUUUACGAUAUGUUAUUGUUUUAAACAUUUUGGCUUUCAUUUAGACUAAAAACGUGUCUGCCUAAACCUUUAAACACACCGUGAGAUGUGGUUGAAAGCUCUGGAGAGCCAGUAAGCAGACUUUUGAGUGCUUGUUACGUAUGUUUUAACAACUUUUAUCGAUAGAGGUGGCAGAGGACUGCUUUGAGGUUUGAAUUAUAAAGAGUUCAGAAAGUCGGCCUGAUGUUACUACAAGCUCUCAGCCCAUAAAUUUAAAGGUCCAGUGUGUAAGAUUCAGGGGGAUUUAUUUGUAGAAAUGGAAUAUAAUAUAAUAAGUAUGUUUUCUUUAGUGAAUAAUGACCUGAAAAUAAUAAUCGUCAUGGUUUCGUUACCUUAGAAUGAGCCAUUUGUAUCUACAUAGGGAGCAGGUCGUCAUCCACGCCAUGUUGCACGGCCAUGUUUCUACAGCAGCCCAGAAGGGACAAACCAAACACUGACUCUACAGAGGGCCAUUUGUGUUUUUGCGUUGGCCACCAUACUUAGCAGCCCCUCUGUGACAAGCCGAACAGCAUUGGAAAAACACUGAUUUUUAACAUGAAACGGCUUUUUUCAGUGUUUUUAUUCGUUUAAAUCACUGGGUGUGUUUGUUUUGGAGAGGAAGAGACCUCUGCGGAUAAUUCAGCUCCCGGUAAAAACCUCCUGAAGGUUUGGAUUAUAAAUUAUUAGAGGCAUUAGCAGGUGUUGGUCUAGCAGCCCGUCUGCAAUGUGUCGAGUAGCGUUGGAAAAACACUGAUUUGUAACGUGAAACUGCCUCUUUCAGAGUUUUUACUGGUUUUUGAUCACCUUUGUUUUGCAGAGGAAGAGACCUCUGCGGAUAUUUCAGCUUCUAGUAAAAACCUAAACAUUCAGCUGGGUCUGCGACGUGCCGAAUAGCAUCCGAGAAACACAGAUUUGUAAUAUGAAACUGCUUUAUUUAGUGUUUUAACCAGUCUAAGUCACUGGGUCUGUUUGUUUGGGAGAGGAAGAGACCUCUGUGGAUAAUUCAGCUCCCAGUAAAAACCUCCUGAACGUUUAGAUUAUAAGUUACCAGAGAAUAAAUGUGAGCACACAUUAGCAGGUGUUGGUCUAGCAGCCCAUCUGCGUUGGAGAAACACUGAUUUGCAACACAACCCAGCAAGCAUUUUUUGGUUUAAAAAACGUCUAAUAGCCGUCUACAUGAAGACCUGACGUCUAGGCUAAAUCACGGCUGAAUUUGGACUGUCAGUGAAAAUUUGGUAGACGUCUAACCAUAGCCAAAGUGUAGACGUCAUCAAUUAUACGGCUAUGUAGAGACCAUGUCCAAAAAAUGGAGAUAAACAUAUUUUAAUUACUGUUGACUCUCCAUACGUGAUUGAAUAUCAUACCGCACGCCAUCUGCAAUGGCGAAAAUUACAUUUAAUCAAUUUAAAAAUUAAAUCGGCUAGAUUUGGGUUACAUGUAGCUAGACUAAAUUGGAGCUAAAUAUAGCCAGUACAUUUAAAUGAUGAUUGCUUGCUGGGAACACUGAUUUAUUCAGUGUCUUUACCGGUUUUAAUUCACUUUUGUUUUUGAGAGGAAGAGACCUCUGCGGAUUUUCCAGCUUCAAAUCUUACGUUAUCAGAGAAAGAAGUCCACCAUGUGCCGGAUAGCAUUGGAGAAACACUGAUUUUUAACAUGAAACUGCUUUAUUCAGUGUUUACCAGUUUAAAUCACUGGUUCAGUUUGUUUUAGAGGGGAAGAGACCUCUGCGGAUACAUCGGCUCUCAGUAAAAACCUCCCGCGCAAUGAACACUGAAGGAAUCCUAAGUUGGAGUUCACACUUGGAACACAGGAAAAGUUUCAGCUGGCCGCACCACUAGAUGGCACUAAAUCCUGCACACUGCUCCUUUAAAUGUAGGAUUUUUUUGCUCAUACAUGCAGAACAAAUGGCACGGUUAUCACUAGAAUUCUACCACACACAACUGCUUCAGUAAGUGAUUGAGUAUUACUAAGUAAAUGCCAGCAGAUGUCUGUAUUGUGAAGUGUAACCACAGGUUCUUGUUACUUGAGCAGCUCAAUGAUAUUGUGAUAGCAAGCUUGUUCCCUAAGCUGUGUGAGGCUACUGUGAAGAUUUUAGACUUGCUUAUGGCAAUCACUUUUACUAAAACUUAAAAAAAACAUACCAUAAAAAACAGAAACAAAGUACAUCCUGCCUCCCCUGCCAGCAACAUUACACUAAGACUGAUAUUGCAUAUUUUUGUACAGACAUCCGUGUAUGAUGAAGAUGGAAUAUUGUCAGAUGUUAUUGGAGGGAAGAAUGUAGCACGUUGUGGACUCAAAUCAUCCUCAAAGCACAAAAACAAUAUCAUUAGGGAUGCACCCUGUCUCAGCUUUGUAUUAGGUACAUCUGAUACAAAGCUGAACAUAAAAAUAUACAUAAUUACAGAUGAGUUUUGCCAAAAAACUACAGUAAAUCAAUUAGUUUUUCUGUUUGUUUUAUAUACAUAUAUAUAUUUUAUCGGAUCUAUCAAAAGAAAAACAUUAGCAAUUCAGUUACAGAUUUAGCAGCGAUACAUACGUUGGAUUGGCAGGGACCUUUUUGUAAAGAACCAUCAGCCAGUGACAAUCAAGCAUCAUUACACAGCAAACAAAAAGCCUUCAAACAAUCAAAUGCAAACACUUAAGAGACUGACAAUCAAAGCUGGAGGCAGAGGAGAUAAACAUGGAAGAACUGUGAAAUUAUUGCAACACUGUCAAUACAAUAGCAAUGACAUCAUCAACUGUGCAUGACCAAAAAUAAAGCCUAUAGACAAUCAGCUACUUGCAGAAAUGAAUCGAGUAUUGUACAAAAGCGUUACUGUACUUUGCAGGGUUUUAAGCCUCUGCUCACUUCCCUCUGGCUAUUGGUUUUGUUGAUGCAUCUCGGUUUGAUCUCAUAUGAAAUGUCUACUUAAACUCUUAUUUAUUUGUCUUUUCACUCGUUCACACAAGUCCUCUGUGUUGUUUCUGUUGUCGUUGUGUGUUGUGUUAGUACUGUAUAGCUACCAAGAGUCAACCCUUUUGUGAAGGCCUUGGAUCCCUUUAAUGAAAAUAAAACUGUG